AUGCUUGGUGUCCACAGAGACGACGAUUACGAUGAUUACCACAUACACAACAAUGGCGAUUACGAUGAUAACGCCAUCCACAACAAUGACGAUUUCGAUGAUAACGACAUUCACAACAAUGACGAUUACGAUGAUCACCUCAUCCACAACAAUGGCAAUGAUAACGGCAAAGAGAUUCAAAAGGAAGCCUGCAAGAUCCCAUUCUUUUCAACUUGUGUGCUUUUGGAUGUUGGUGUGACGGAUGAGAUUGGCGACUGGUGA